AGGGAUUCGGGUUCGUAACUUUCGAGAAUAGUGCUGAUGCAGACAGGGCCAGGGAGAAAUUACACGGCACCGUGGUAGAGGGCCGUAAAAUCGAGGUUAACAACGCCACUGCACGAGUGAUGACCAAUAAGAAGAUGGUCACGCCAUACGCAAAUGGUUGGAAGUUGAGUCCUGUGGUUGGAGCGGUGUACGGCCCUGAGUUAUAUGCAGCGUCCAGUUUUCAAGCAGAUGUCUCGCUGGGCAAUGACGCCGCAGUGCCCCUGUCAGGAAGGGGGGGUAUUAACACUUACAUUCCUUUAAUCAUUCCAGGCUUCCCCUAUCCAACUGCAGCCACCACAGCAGCCGCAUUUCGGGGAGCCCACCUGAGGGGCCGAGGAAGGACAGUGUAUGGGGCAGUCCGGGCGGUACCUCCCACAGCCAUCCCUGCCUACCCAGGUGUGGUUUACCAGGACGGAUUUUACGGUGCUGACCUCUAUGGUGGAUAUGCAGCCUACAGAUAUGCACAGCCUGCUACUGCAACAGCAGCCACGGCCGCUGCAGCCGCUGCAGCAGCUUACAGCGAUGGUUAUGGCAGGGUGUACACAGCAGAUCCUUACCAUGCCCUUGCCCCUGCCGCUAGCUACGGAGUUGGCGCUGUGGCGAGUUUAUACCGAGGUGGCUACAGCCGAUUUGCCCCCUACUGAAGUGACGUGAACCCCCUGCAAGUGGGACAGCCCCCCCAGUUCAUGAGGCCUGGCUAUUGCAAUAUUUACUAGUAGAGGAACUCUAUAGCAAGACGAGGAGGAAAAACAAAAACAAAACAAAAAAAAAAACAAAGGAGAAAAUACUUUUUUAUACCUCACUAUGUUCUUUGAAUAUGUAUUUUUUUUUCCUUUAAAUUUCUGCCUUUAAUUCUUUUGUUCC